AUGGGCAGCUUCGAGAGUGAUUCUUGCACUCGCUGCUUCAAUACCUGGCAUGCAUGUACCCAACACAUGACAGCUUUGGACCACUGGAAAUGGCCCUACGACUGCGAGACCUGCAACAUGCGCUUCAGUACCGAACGGGCUGCCAAUGACCACAUGAGAGCCAAGCAGCACUAUUACUAUCCAUACAGCUGCGAGACUUGUGACCUUGCCUUCCGCUUUGCCUAUGUUCGCGACAAUCACCAGAAUGCCGAAGGUCACUACAAGCAUCUGCACUGCUCUGAUUGCGAUCGCUACUUCAAGAAUGCCAACAAUCUUGAUCAGCACAUGAAGUCUCGUAUUCACCAAGGCAGCUCAGUCUGCUGUCCAUUCUGCAAGGCUUCCUUCGUCACGGCCAGUGGAGUCUCACACCAUUUGGAGACUUCCUCCUGUCCUAAGGCCAAGAACCUCUCCAGCAGCGUCAUCCAUCGUGCUCUUCGUCAGCGCGACCCCAAUGGCGUCAUCACCGAACGUCUUCUCGAAUGGCACGAUGGCAACACCAUCAACUCAACCUGGAACCCGAGCUCUGCCUACAAUGGCAGUGGCUAUGAGUGCUACAUCUGCCACCGCGAGUUCAGCACCCCCAGAGGCCUUGAUCAGCAUAUCCGCAGCCCAGUCCACCAAGCCCCUCUCUACCACUGCCCCAACAAGACCGGCAAGUGUGGCGGCAAACGCUUACCUACGCUCGCGGCGCUCUUCAACCACUUUGAGAGUGAGAGUUGUGGCUUUGUCAAGUUCGGCGCGGUGCAGAAGAAUGUCUCUGGCUUCUUGUCUGGAGGUGGCCAGAACUUGAUCUCCUUCUAA